CAUACAUGGGGUUAGGCAAUAGGAGGGCAAGAAGCAUCACAGAAAGUGGUGAGGCAAGGAAGGAGGUGCAUCUAUUUAGGAUCAGCUCUUUGUUAUUAAAACACAGUUAUCUUCUUGAAACUUCAGUAGGGAGAAGGCAAACCUGCAAAGAUUUUAGGAAGAAUAUAUGCUUGAGUUAGUCUAUAUGGCGAAUUCAUCAUCCUCUUUCAGAAUUUUGUUAUAUGUUCUUCCAUACGUACUAGUCUUGGGGUCAAUUUCUCUUUUGCCUACAAAAGGGUCUAGCUGGGCUAUGACAUCUCCUUCUUCUUCAAACACUAAUGUGGAUACUGUCAAGGCACCUCCUUCAGCUUCUGAAAGAAGAGAUAUGCCACUGAAAUCGGGUUCGGAUAUGGUAGUUGGCCAUGGUGACAAAAAGGAAGCUAUCUCAUAUGGUGCUGUCCUUAACUUCUCUACUUCUCCACCACUAGCUGAACAGGCAUCACAAGUUCAACAAUUUACUGAGUCAGAUGAUGAUGCAAGCCGAGGUAAUUCAUCUAGUCCAUCCAUUAACGAAUCACCAAGUCUUCCCUUGAGUCCGAAGAGACCAAGAGUGCAAACCAACUUAGACAAACUUGAGAUAGGUCUGCAGCGAGCUCGAGCUGCCAUAAGAGCAGCAGCAGCAGCAAAUGGAAGUAGAGUGCAGGACCCUGAUUACAUUCCCAGUGGACCCGUCUACUUGAAUGCCAAAGCUUUUCACAGGAGCUAUCUAGAAAUGGAAAAACGGUUCAAGAUCUUUGUGUACAAAGAAGGGGAUCCUCCUUUGUUCCACGACGGUCCAUGCUAUAAUCUAUAUACCACUGAAGGAAUUUUCAUCAACAAGUUGCAGAUUGACAAACAUUUCCAAACCCAAGAUCCCGAAAAUGCUCAUGUCUUCUUCCUUCCCUACAGCGUAGCCCGGAUGGUCAGUUAUGUCUGGAAAAAGGGUACAUAUUUCACUGCCAUAGGGAACAUAGUUAAGGAUUAUGUCGAGUUAAUCACCAGAAAACACCAGUACUUCAAUCGGAGUCUUGGCACUGACCAUUUCAUGCUUUCUUGCCAUGACUGGGGACCCAUAACCAGCUUUUACGCUCCACAUUUGGCUGAAAACUCAAUCCGUGCAUUAUGCAAUGCAAACACCUCCGAAGAAUUCAAUCCCGUUAAGGAUGUAUCAGUCCCAGAAAUCAAUCUCAAGAUUAACAAACUAGAUACCCUCAUCGGCGGGCCAUCUCCGUCCAAACGUUCAAUCUUAGCCUUCUUUGCUGGCGGAAACCAUGGCCCUGUAAGGCCAUUGGUGUUCAAGCAUUGGGAGAACAAGGACCCAGAUAUUCGAGUACAUAACCAUCUUCGGAAGCGCGUUUCAUACCAGAAUCUAAUGAGAAGCAGCAAAUUCUGCCUUUGCCCAAGUGGUUACGAAGUUGCCAGUCCCAGAAUUACAGAGUCACUGUACAACGGCUGCGUUCCGGUGCUGAUCUCGAAGAGCUAUGUCCCGCCGUUUAGUGAUGUUUUGAAAUGGAAGUCAUUUGCAGUUAUUAUUUCCUUGGAAGACAUUCCCAACCUGAAGAAGAUACUAAUGGGUAUUCCAGAUAGAAAGUAUAUAAAAAUGCAGAAGAGGGUGGUUCAAGUUGCAAGACAUUUUCAGAUCAAUACGCCUCCCAAGCGGUUCGAUGUAUUUCAUAUGAUUCUACAUUCCAUUUGGCUCAGAAGACUCAACAUCAGAGUUAAUGAGCGCGACAAACUUCUUUAAAAUGUUCAAUAAUUACGAGCUUAAAUUCAGUUCAUUCUACCAGUUUGUCUAAUCAUUGUAACAAAUGAACCGGAUAACGUGACCAAUAAAUAUCAUAUUAUUUU